AUGCCCGUCCCUGUACCUGAAUUUGGCUCCUACAGCUUCGUCGCGGAGACGAAGGAAGACUUGGAUUGGGCUGAUCUGGUUACUCUGGAUUUCAACCUCCUCACCACGCCUGAGGGGAAGAAACAGCUAGCAGAAACGCUGGUCAAGGCCGUGCGCGAGGACGGUUUCUUUUAUGUCAAGAACUUCAACAUCUCUCAAGAGCGCGUAAACCGCCAGUUCUCGCUCGGGAACCGUUUUUAUGAGCUUCCCCUAGAGGAGAAGCUCAAGUACAUCCCUCUAGGCCUUGAUGAGGGCGAGUACAACGGUUACGUCCCAGCUGGUCGGAGAAUUCUGGACCCUGUGUCUGGCCUGAGAGGUCGCACAGAGGUUUACAAUAUUCCGAAGUUCGACGGGUUCUUUAAGCACGAGCACACGGACCUGGUUCAGAGCCACCUCCCUGAGAUCGAAGAAUUUUCCAAGUCACUGCAUACCGAGGUCCUGACUCCAUUACAUCAAUUGCUCGCCAUCGCGCUUGAACUUCCAGAGGAUUACCUAAACAAAAUCCAUGACUACUCGAAGAAGAGCGAGGACCAUCUCCGGUACAUGAAGUACACAAAGUUCACUCCAGAGGAAAACGAGAAGCUCAACAGGAUCUGGGGUGGAGGACACACUGAUCUUGGGUCAUUCACGCUGCUCUUCCGCCAGCCUGUCGCAGCGCUACAGAUCAAGAACCACGUAACCGGCGAGUGGAAGUGGGUAAAGCCGCAGGACGGCACCCUGACCGUCAACACUUGUGACGCUCUGUCAUUCUUGACGGGAGGCUACGUCAGGAGCACGAUCCAUCGUGUACAUGCUCCGCCCAAGGACCAGGAACAUGUUGACCGCCUCGGUCUUCUGUAUUUCCAACGCCCGAACAACGACGUCGUGCUUGCGACAAUCAAGGAUUCCCCUGUAUUGCAGCGGGAGGGAUAUACUCAGAACGAGUUCGAGAAGUCAGGGAAUCCCGUUCCGACUAUGGAACAAUGGACGUUUGCGAAGCAGAAGUGGCAGCGCACGAAGAAUGUCGUCCUGUCCGAUCCCAAGUUUAGAACGGCCCAGAUACUUCCGGGCUGGAACGAGAAGAUUUACACAUGA